AUGCCAUCAGCAUCUCACGCAGAUCUCUACUUUGACCCAGAACUCGAAGGCUGGACCGAUCAUAUCACAGAUAUCAGCAUCACCAACGAUUGCCAAGAUCAAAGCAUGGCAGCCGAAAGCGCAAUCGUGUCCCGCGUGGUACGACAAAUUGCCAGAAAGCACAAGACAUCAUCUUCAAGACUCCACCCAAGCAAGUUCUCAUCAAUGGCCGAGCCACCGCACGACAGGUCGUCCUCGUCCUCGUCCUCAUCCUCGUCAACAUUAUCACCCUCUUCGUUAGCGAAUUGGUCUAGCAUGGCAGACCCAGUACAGGAGCGAUUGGCGAAGCCUAAAGACUGGUCGAGCAUGGCAGAUCCAAUUCAUGACCCGGCGCGGAAGGCCAGCAAAGAGGUCAGGGGUACGGAGGUGGACUCCCAGCGUACGAGGGGCAAGGACUGGGCGAGAGAGCGGAGUCAGAGUCAGGAGUCGAUGAAGUCAAGUGGCUCAUCUGAUGAGUCGAGGUAG